GAAUAAAUAAAUUGUGUGGUGAUUGAUACUAUGGACAUGAGAACAUAAACAUUAUUGGUACGACGAUACUGAAAAUGUUUGUCCCAAGUACCAAAAUUUAUGGAAUAGAGGACCCUUGCGGUGGCUGCCGGAGCAUCGCCGGAGUGUCGCCGGACCCUUUCAAGAAACUGCAGUGGUAGCAAAGACAAAAUAAGUGAGGACUGCAGGCAAAUGUUUUGCACAACCAGGUCAACUACGUUGCAGGUACAACACUUGCACACUCCAAGCCAACCAAACUUUUUCAUUGGAAACCCUGGUCUAUGUGGCUAUUGGCUGGAUUCAUCUUGUCAAGGGUCUCACGCUACCGAGCGAGAUGCCCUUGUGGUUCAUGAAGAGACAGGAUCAUUUGAAGUGAACCUUUUCUCUAUAACAAGACUAAUUGAUUCAAGUCAAACUACAACAAAGCAAGUGAAACCUUUUUGUCAGCUUCACAAGAUUCUCAAGUUCAAACUAUCACCUAAUUCUGAAAUCCACAGCAUCAUUAUAGAUGAGGAGGUCAAGUGAAUUUAAAGCUUACGACAGAACAUGGGAAUGGGUGCCAAUUGUGUACCUUUUUGAAAAAUUACCCAUUCCCUUGGAUUUUCUUUUAGAUUUGUACAUAGAACAAAACCUUUUUUAAACAUUGUUCUUUCGUAGGUGUAUAUAUAUACAUAUGUUUAAGGAUUAUACCUCCAGUUUAUCAAACAGUAAGUUAAUGUGUUUGAUUUGAUAAUUUUUUCUGAUUAUAAAGGGUGAGUUAUAUGUUGUUAUUAAAAUUGGAAAAAGAAAUAAAAUAAUCGAGAUAUGGUUAGAAUAUCUACAUUCAACUGCAAUGAAAUUACAAAAAUAUUUCUGAUGUAUUUUCUGUUUGUAAUAUGAUUUCAAAAUCAUUCUUCAGACCUUAGAUUAUGGAAGUAUUUUUUUCUUCACGUGUGUAUAGAAAUUAAAAAGGCUAGAAAAAUCACCUAAGU